AAAUAGACAAGUGUCUCCACGAAGGGACCAAAAAGUUUGCAAGUUCAAACAACACACAUUUUGAAAAUCUCUCUCUCUCUCUCUCUCUCUGAAACUCCGUUACCGGUCUUCUGUGUGUCUGAGAAACCGAAAAUCUGAUUGCCCGAUUCGCUCUUGAAUGGAAGCUAUUCGAAAGCAAGCCACCAAGCUUCGAGAACAGGUCGCUAGGCAACAACAGGCUGUCCUAAAACAGUUUGGGGCUGGGGGAUAUGGAGGUUCAGAUAACUUAGUCACUGAUGAGGCAGAACUCCAUCAGCAUCAGAAACUUGAAAAGCUUUACAUAUCAACACGUGCUGGAAAGCAUUAUCAAAGGGAUAUUGUUCGUGGUGUAGAAGGAUAUAUUGUCACUGGUUCCAAACAACUUGAAAUAGGAACAAAGUUGUCAGAAGACAGCAGGAAAUAUGGUUCAGAAAAUACAUGUACCAGUGGUAGCACAUUAUCAAGAGCUGCGCUAAAUCAUGGGCGUGCUCGUGCUCAAAUGGAGAAGGAACGUGGGAAUCUGUUGAAAGCUCUUGGUACACAGGUCGCGGAGCCAUUAAGAGCAAUGGUAAUGGGAGCUCCUUUGGAAGAUGCUCGACAUCUUGCUCAGCGUUAUGAUAGAAUGCGACAAGAAGCUGAAGCUCAGGCUAUUGAAGUUGCCAAACGCCAAGCAAAAGUGAGGGAAACACCAGGCAAUUCUGAGAGUAUUAUGAAACUGGAAGCUGCUGAAACAAAGCUACAAGAUCUAAAGGCAAACAUGGCAAUAUUAGGAAAGGAGGCUGCUGCAGCAAUGGCUGCUGUCGAAGCUCAACAACAGAGGUUAACUCUCCAGCGACUUAUAGCAAUGAUCGAAGCAGAACGCACUUAUCACCAAAGGGUCCUUCAGAUACUUGAUCAGCUUGGAGGCGAGAUGAUUUCGGAACGACAGCGGAUUGAAGCAUCUCCUAGUCCAAGCAUGGAUAACACCAUGCCUCCACCUCCAUCAUAUGAAGAAGUUAAUGGCGUAUAUGCUUCUCAAACACAUAAUGGAACAACAGACUCCAUGGGUUACUUUUUAGGGGAGGUCAUGCAUCCAUAUCAAGCUGAAUCUGAUGUGGAGCUAAAUUUGUCAAUUGGUGACUAUGUUGUUGUCCGAAAGGUUUCAAACAAUGGGUGGGCGGAGGGUGAAUGCAAAGGUAAAGCAGGUUGGUUUCCAUUUGGAUACGUCGAAAGAAGGGAUCGUGUUCUCGCAAGCAAGGUGGCCGAAGUGUUCUGAUUUUUCCGUUGGCUUCUUUGCCAGAGGAUUUUGUACGUGUGUAUGUUUUGCUCCAGCAUCCAAGUUGGAUCUUGUGUUGUUGAAAAUAGAAGAAGGUCUAUCAUCACCUACUUUGAUGUGAAAUAGAUGACGACUUUCCCCCUUUGUUUUAUUUAUUGAUAUAAACAUUUAUUUCUACCCCCUUUUUUUUUUCUCUCUUUCUUUCUUUUAGUGCAAAGAUGUCUCUGUUUGUUCAUACUUAUUGAUGAUGAGUGAAGUUCUAUUUUCAUUCUA